AUGGCAAUGUCAGCCAAUACCCCUCACACCCUCCUCUUGAAAAACCCUAGCAUCUUAAAAACCUCAACCACCACCACCCCUUCCACCCAUGCCUUCCCGAUCAAACGCGCCACCAACAAGCCCAUCUCAAUCACAUGUUCAUACUCCGCCACCGUCGCUGCACCACCAUCUUCGGCCUCCGCUCAAGAUCGGGUUUUUAAUUUCGCUGCUGGACCCGCCACGCUGCCCGAAAAUGUUCUCCGGAAAGCCGAAUCGGAGCUCUACAAUUGGCGGGGAGCUGGAAUGAGUGUUAUGGAGAUGAGUCACAGAGGGAAGGAAUUCCUCUCAAUCAUCCAAAAAGCAGAGUCAGAUCUGAGAAAGUUACUCGAUAUCUCCGAAGAUUACGCCGUUCUCUUCCUCCAAGGCGGCGCCACCACCCAAUUCGCCAGCAUCCCUCUCAACAUCUGUAAACCCGAAGAUCCCGUUGAUUACAUUGUGACCGGGUCGUGGGGUGACAAGGCAUUCAAGGAAGCAACAAAAUACUGUAAGCCUAAGGUGAUCUGGUCCGGUAAAUCGGAGAAAUACACCGCGAUUCCGUCGUUCGAUGAGUUGGAUCAGAACCCGAACGCCAGGUAUUUGCAUAUAUGCGCGAAUGAAACUAUUCACGGCGUAGAGUUCAAAGACUACCCGACACCUAAAAACAAAGACGCGCUUCUAAUCGCUGAUAUGUCCUCCAACUUCUGUUCAAAGCCGGUGGAUGUUUCCAAAUUCGGGAUCAUUUACGCCGGAGCUCAGAAGAACGUCGGUCCAUCUGGUGUCACGAUAGUGAUCAUAAGGAAGGAUUUGAUCGGAAACGCUCAAGAGAUUACACCGGUGAUGUUGGAUUACAAGAUCCACGCCGACAACAAUUCGUUAUACAACACACCACCUUGUUACGGGAUUUACAUGUGUGGAUUGGUGUUUGAAGAUCUGUUGGCGCAGGGUGGUUUGGUGGAGGUUGAAAAGAAUAACAUGAAGAAGGCGCAGAUUCUCUACGAUGCGAUUGAUGAGAGCAAAGGGUUUUACAGGUGUCCGGUUGAGAAAUCUGUGAGGUCGUUGAUGAAUGUGCCGUUUACACUUGAGAAAUCGGAAUUGGAAGGUGAGUUUGUGAAGGAAGCUGCUAAAGAGAAUAUGGUUCAAUUAAAGGGGCAUAGAUCGGUUGGUGGAAUGAGGGCUUCGAUUUAUAAUGCAAUGCCUUUUGCUGGUGUUGAGAAAUUGGUUGCUUUCAUGAAGGAUUUUCAAGCAAAACAUGGGUAG